UCAAGUCAGUCGUCUUUCACCUGUCAGCAUGUCCGGCGUAAUCAUAUUUCAGUGUCUUCCAAUCAUUGUUUUCCAUUUGCCCAAAAGCAUGUGUGUCACCUAACAGCAAACGUAGCACAGACUAUUGGCUGCACACGUCCAUCCCGAAAUCCGUAAUCCAUAAACCGUGAACGUUACUCCUACAAUCAAACCGACGAUGUUCCGGAAAGCCAAUCAACUCCACACGCCGCCAUCAAUCCGUCCAUCAUCGACCACACCGGACUGCAAUCAGAAGCGGCGAAGCGACAUGACAGCUCCUCCUCCUCUUCCUCCUCCUGCUCCUGCUCCUCGUCCUGCUCCACCUGCUCCUUCUCCUGCUCCAAACGCAAAGCCGGAGAAGAGCCGCAUCCUGGAGAUGCAUGCGGUGUUCCUGGGGCACGACACUCGCGGCGACAAUAAGAUAUCCAUCCGCCACCUGGGCGACUGUCUCCGUGCGAUGGGCGCCAAUCCCUCGGAGGCGAUGGUCAGCAAACAUGUCCGCCUGUUCGAGGCCUCCACCAUGCAGCGCAUUUGCUUCGACGAGGUCAUGGCAAUCUACUGUAGUUUGGGCAAACAUGGUGGCAUGUCCAGUCCCACGGAGAAGCAGAUUGAGGAGCAGCAGUUCAUAGCCAGCCUGAGGCUCUUCGAUACGGAUAAUUCCGGCUGGAUGCCCGCCAUUAGACUCCGGCGAAUUUUAACCACGACUGGGGAGUCCAUGAGCAGCUUGGAAGUGGACGAGCUGCUGAAGGGCAGGAUCAACGAACAGGGCCUGGUCGACUACAAGCAGCUGAUUCAUGACAUUAUUCACGGGUAACUUGGGGGAAAUCGAAAGGAAAGCGAAGGGAAAUCAUCCGGAGGAGCUGGAAAUGGAAGAGUAGCCCGGAAAACGAAAUAUUUGUAGACAGGUGAAAAGCGUGUUUAAAUAAAAUGUUUGUAUAAAAACCACAA